AUGUCCGGAGCAGCUAAACACCGCCUUGAGGCCAUUAGCAAGCAGCUGGUGGAAGGGAUUCCUGAUGCGGGCACCUUUGAAGAGAUUCCUAAGAUUCGACAGGUCGCGGGUGACUCGGUGGGGCCUCGUGUCAAAGACAAAAUUGUGAUUGUGACUGGCGCCAACUCCCCUAACGGAAUUGGCCGGGCCAGCGCCCACCUGUACGCUCAAAACGGCGCAAAGGCUAUCUACAUCUGCGACUAUGCCGACUCAUACUUAGCCACGCAUAAGCGUGAGAUCGAGUCUCUCUACCCGGACGUAGAAGCCCACUGCCGUCAAUUCGACGCUGCGGACGAAGCUGCAGUCAAGGCUGUCGUUGACGACGCCAUUCAGAAAUAUAAUAGGCUGGAUAUUUUCUUUGCCAAUGCGGGAAUUGUCGGACAGCCAAAGCUUUUCACAGAUAUAACGGAAGAUGAUUUUAUGAAGACCUUGAAAACGAAUACUCUUGGGGUUUUCCUGGCUGUGAAACAUGCUGCCCCCGCUAUGAAGCAUACAUCAGAUUCUAAGAAGUAUCCGUCCGGUUCGAUAAUCUGCACGGCGUCGGUAGCCGGUUUGCGUUCUAACGCAGGCUCCACCGACUAUUCAGCUUCGAAAGCAGCCGUUGUGUCUAUUGCUCAAACGUGCGCCUAUCAAUUGACUGGCACUGCGAUCCGCGUCAAUGCUAUAUGUCCUGGCCUGAUCGAGACGGGCAUGACCCAGGCCAUGUUCGACGUCGCCCGUCAGCGAGGGACGCAACGCAAGAUCGGACAGCUGAACCCUAUGCAGCGGGGAGCUGUGGCGGAUGAGGUGGCCCGGGUCGCCCUCUUCCUGGGAAGUGAUGAGAGUAGCUAUGUCAAUGGACAGGCGUGGGCUGUUUGCGGCGGACUGAGUGCGGGACACCCGUUCGUGCCGGGCAAAUUGGCCUGA